UUCCCAGGGUUUGUUUUGCCAUGCCUGGGAGUUCACCCGGUUCAAGAGGUUUCGCCAGAGGAGCAGCGCAGUGCUACUUUGAAGGAUCUGGAUGCUGCAUGGCCACUUAUAGAACUCUACAAAGAUAAAUUGGUGGGGAUCGGAGAAGUUGGACUAGAUUUCACUCCCAGAUUUGCCAGCACGGAUGAACAGAAGGAAGGACAAAGACAGGUUUUGAUCAAGCAGAUUGAGUUAGCAAGAAGAUUGGAUUUGCCUUUAAAUGUUCAUUCCCGCUCAGCUGGAAGACCAACCAUUAAUCUCUUAAAGGAACAAGGUGCUACAAAGGUGUUGCUCCAUGCAUUUGAUGGGAAGCUAUCUGUAGCGAUGGAAGGGGUGAAAGCUGGAUACUUCUUCUCCAUUCCUCCUUCCAUUAUAAGGAGUGAACAGAAGCAGAAGCUUGUGAAACUGUUACCUCUGGAAAAUAUAUGCUUGGAAACUGACUCUCCUGCUCUGGGGCCUGAAAAACAGGUGAGAAAUGAACCAAAAAAUAUUUACAUUGCUGCAGAAUAUAUUGCCAAAAUUAAAGGAAUUCCAGUUGAAGAAGUUAUAGAAGCGACUACACAGAAUGCACUGAAAGUAUUCCCCAAACUUCGGAACUUUCUUCGGAUAUAGAUUCAGAAACUGAAAUAUAUGACAUUGCAGAAACUAUUAUUUAUGGCGUAAUUAAUAAAACCAACAUGCAUCUUAUCUUCAAGUGGAGUUUUGCUGUUGAAAAGUUCAAAAAGUGAGCAGAGUGCUAUAUAGAUGCAUAGGAUGAAUAUAGGGAAUUUCUCAAAGAUGUUUGGUAUGCACCAUUGUCAUGUCUUGGAUGUGAUAAAGACAGGUUGUUCAUUUGCA